GAUGUGGCCAAGUUGUGAUCCGAGAGACGUGCGGUUCAAUUACCAGGCCUUACCUCGCUUCGCGGAGCAAGGUCCGACCCUCGCUGGAGCGGACAUGUUCAACGGACCUCAGGCGGUCAUGCCGCCGGUCUACAUGAAUAGUGCUGCAGGCUUUUACAGUCAUGGCCAGCAGGUGCCGUAUUGGUGGCCUGUGCAAAACUUCGUUCCCCCAACAUCAGUAAAUUUUGCUGCUGCUCCUCCACAAAUGAUGGGGGGCACAACAAUGAUGAUGCAAGGGAACCCAAAUCUUACGCCUGGUGUGUUUAUGAGAGAUGCCGACGAUGAGGUGGAGCAGCAGUACAUAAAGAAACCUCCAAAUGCCUUCAUGGUGUUUGCAAGGAAGCAUCGCAAAGCACUCAUGGGAAAAUUGGAUAAGAAAGACAGCGCCUCUGUAAAUGUCAUCCUGGGAGAAAUGUGGAAUUCACUACCACAGCAAGACCAGGCCAAAUACUAUGAGGAAGCAGAUGUUGAGAGACGACGUCAUGCCCAGUUGUACCCCAACUGGUCAAUGUGUGACAACUAUGGCAAAAAGAGGAAGAGGAUGAGGGGAAAUGCCACUCUUACAGAUCCUGAAGCUCCUCAGCCCACGAGGAUGUGUGUGGCUCCAGUCCAGACGGGCAUGAUGGGACCUGAACGAUACCCUACGCAGGGAGAAUCACAGUCUGUGAGCAAUAUUGCAUGUUUACAACAACAGCCGCCUAAAGCCAGCCUUCCUGCUUUUGUGCAUAACUUCAUGCCUCCAGCCGCUCCGACUUCAUCCGGGAUGGAGUUUUCACAGCUUCUGAGUGGUGUCAAUUACAUGCCCCUGGCCCAUGAAAAACACACCCGACCAUUGACUGUGAAUUCGUCUGAGCCUCGGAGCUUAGAGGAAGAGCUGCAUGUAAUACUGGAGCGAUUUGAGGAAGAAUCCUCCACGACACAGACUGAGCAGUCUGCCGCAGCGCUGAAUUUGGAAGAAGAGCUCCAAAGCUUGCUGGAGCGUUUUCAGAAUAAGCCCUCAACUGCACAGUUAGGCACAGACAAGCUCCACUGCGUCUUUGAGGGUUUAGGAAUCACUGCCGCUGAAACUGGAGGGUGUUGAGGGUCACGCAAAGGGGUGGGAUGGUGGAGCCGACCGAUGAAGUCAAAGGAAGUACUCGAGAAUCUUCAAAUUGCACAACAGACUUUACUGUUUGUGGUUCGUCACAAUCAUUAAUGAAUCCUCAGUUUACAGAGUGUUUUUUUUUUGUUUUGUUUUGUUUUUUAAAUCAUGGACAUGCCACAGCACUUUAUUUUCUUCUAAGAUGCCAUCGGUUUCGCAUGGGAAUGCACACGAAGCAAGCGGCUCCAAAUGCAAUAUCUGGACUUGUGUUCAAAGCCUGCGCAGAGCUGGCCCGGAUGUUUAUGGAUAGCAAUGUCUUCAUCCACUAUCCCCCACCAGUACCCGUUGGAUUAUAUCAUACGACAAUCACCUCGGUCAGUGCUUCAAGACAUUGGUUCUGCCUGCUGCCUUACACAUACUCUUGUAACGAUACAUAUACACAGUGGAACCUCAACUUACGAACGUCUCUUCAUACUAAAUUUUCAAGUUACGAAAUGCCUCAACAGGAAAAUAUCGGCUCUUGUUACGAAACAAAUUUCAAGAUACCAAAGGUAAAAAUA